AUGGCUUCUUUUGUCAGGAACAUCAGGGCAGCACGACUCAGUCCAGACGUCUGCACCUUUGACGGCAGCACGUUGAUGAGAGACGAAGACAAUAAUCCUUCUCAAAGGGAAUCAAACAUGAGUGGCGCAGAAGCCGUCCAGCUGCUAUCCAUUCUUCUUCAAUGCGGAGGGACCGAGCCGGCGCCGGAUCCUGCAGGAGCAGGCGACACGUCCCCAGUCGAAGAGCUAGAUCAGCACUAUAUCGUGGAGGAAAGCACGGGGAUGCUGCCCAAAUUCCACUAG